UUGAACAAACAUGGCGGAAUUUUUGAGCCAUUAGCCUGAGAGUCUCUUUUCCUUCUCAAGUUUGGUUAUCAUCCAACUGUUUGGCAAAAAUAAGUGAUGCUUAGACAAAGCUUCUUUCGGCUAAGGAGUCCUGAGACAUACCUCAAAGUAGCUUGGCCAGGAAAUUUAAAAUUAGCGACUAAUUACGAGGUGAAGCCAGUAAACAAUUUCUCUCAUGAAAGAACAUUAAUAUCCUCUUCAAGACAUGCAUUGACACGUGCUGAACCAAAAGGUGCUCAAAAACCAGCUGAAGAUGUUUUCAAGCGAUCGUCAAAGAGGGGUCCUGUAACAUGGGCUUCACUUGCUCUCUGUGCACUGGCUGGUGGGGGGCUGCUGCUCUAUGUUCGUCAUCUCAAAGAGGAAAAGGAACGAAUGAAAGAGAAGCAGCAGAAGAGAUCCAUGGGGAAAGUUGCACUUGGUGGACCCUUCAGUCUCAUAGAUCAUAACGGACAAGCUGUUACAGACAAGGAUUUUCAUGGCAAAUGGAUAUUGCUCUACUUUGGUUUCACUCACUGUCCUGAUAUUUGCCCUGAUGAAUUAGAAAAAAUGGGAAAAGCAAUUGACCUUGUUGAUGAGAGCAAAGAUGCACUUGGUGCAGAGCUUCAACCCCUGUUCAUAACAGUUGAUCCAUCUCGGGAUGAUGUCAAGGCUGUGAAGCAGUAUGUCCAAGAGUUUCAUCCACGUCUCCUUGGUCUAACGGGAUCACCUGAACAAGUCCAACAAGUUUGCAAGGCUUACAGGGUAUACUUCAGUGCAGGACCAGCAGAUGAAGACAACGACUACAUUGUUGAUCACACCAUUAUUCAGUACCUUGUGGAUCCUUCAGGAAACUUUGCAGAGUAUUUUGGACAAAAUAAGACAGCAGAGGACAUUGCUGCAGGGAUUGUAAAACACAUGAUGUCAAACAAAUUCAAGCAAAAGAAAUAAUUUUGCACAAAAAUUUGUUCACAUGAAGUACAUCGAGUCAGGAUGAUCUGCAGGCACCACUGGAAUUGACCCAGGCAAAAAUUCGUCAAAAAGGCGGUCUAAAAACAUUUUUGUUAAAUUAAUCUGUCAAUCAUUUUAUUUACCUGUGUCUUAUCUAACUUCAUACUGUGCUGCUGAUGUUUUUAACCAGGUCAUUACACUAACAAUAUUGCAGUUGAAUCCUGUCAAUAUGAACAUUAAACUUAAAAUCAAGUCGUUGUUUAAGAUUUGGUAGAAAUUAUAAUAGAUGCUGUGGCUUAGUGGUUAGAAUGGUGGACUGCAAAUCUAAAGUUCCAGGUUCAGACCUUGGCCUGGAUCACUAUGCAGUGUUCUUAAGGAAGACAUUAAACUCUAAGUGUGUCUCUCAAUCCAGGAGAGUGAGACAUUUUCAAGUGAGUGUCAAAAAUAACCAAGGAUUGCUUUUGCUUUACUUACCUCUGUGAUUGGUUCAGAAAAGCUUUACUACCCUCCUGUCCAAUCAGAAACAAACCUAACACCAGUCAUGUGAAUAAAGGGGGUAACUUUCCAUGUGGUGGUGCAUCAGUGAAAGAGUGUAACAAGAAAUUUUGGUAUGAUCAACUUAGUUGAUGAUGCAAAUUGGCCUCCGUAAAGAGUUUCAAAGCUGGCAUUUUGAGGGUUAGCCCUUCAUGAGAGAGAAUGAUGUAGGGCUAACACUCAAAAUGUCAGCUUCGAAACUCUUUACAGAGGCCAAUUUAAGUUAUCAACUCUGUUGAUAAUACUGACACCAAUCAUGACUUGGUCACUCAUAUUUUCUUAUAUUUCUUAACAGAAACAAAACUAACACCAAUCAUGACUUGGUCAGUCAAAUUUUCUUAUGCAUCAGGCAGUUAGCUUGCUUUUACUUAAAGCACAGGUAGGCUGUCAGGUAAUUAUUUCCUUCCUUCUAAUUGGCCACAGUGAUUACUUCCAAUCAGUUUUGUUUUAGAGCAGUUUUCAAUUGAUUGUCGUGAAACCAAAACCAAGUAAUAACAACAGCCAAUCAUAACACUCUGCCUUGCAUCAUCAUUUGCCAUUAAGGAUUUAAACUAAUAGCAGCAAAUUACCAAAAGCACAGGAAAAUGCAGGUGACCAAGUCACAAUUGGUUUUUGCUUGGUGUCUGAUUGGUGUAGUGCAUGGCGCAAGUUUUCUAGACCAACCACAGAAGGAGGUAAAACAAAAUCAAAGGAAUUGCACAUUACUUUUGACAUUCAAUCGAGAAUCACCAGCUACUUUAAAAAAGUAGUAACAAACAUUCAAGGAAACUCUAUGAAUUGGUGGUUGGUUAUCUGCAAUGGACUGUAAGCAUCCUGGUAGCUUCCUUCUUUUGAAACUAGAAUAAGCUUCAACAGUAAUAUAAUGGUGAGUAAGUGCCUAAGUAUCGACAUGUGACAGAAUGCCAGCUUGAUUGAUAAAAUUUAUAAAAGUAUGAUCUUAAGGGACAGACAUUCCCUGUAACCUGUUUAUUUAUUAAUUGAUGUAAUAAAACACUGUGAACUGAGAUCAGCUCUCAAUGGGUUUUAUUUGAAUACUUUUAUCUGCAAAGUUUUGUAUCUUACACUUCAAACAAUUCAAUCUACACCUGUUCUAGAUACAGUGAUGACAGUUUUACAUGAAAAUAAGCAGAAGCAUUUGCAAGUACUUCAACCAUCACAACUGUAACACUUUCUUUCAGUGAAUUAUGCAUUUAUUUUAAUGGUAGUAUAUCUUGCCCCAGAAGAAGUGGUGCUACACCUAUUUCCUCUGUGAACACUUUGCAAAUAAAAUGACCCCUUGAGUUA